ACAGGUUGCCUAAUGCCCAUGCCAAUGACUUUCCCUCCUCCUUAUACAUGAAGAAAAUGGUAGGGACUGCUCCAAAAUCAGCAAUCUCAUCUCCUCCCCUUCCUCCUUCUCGUCAGCAAUAUAUCCUCUAUCACCUCCUCCUCUACCUUUGAAUCAAACUACUCUAUAUACCAUACUCAUAAAUUUGGUUGUAUAUGGGGACCGGUUUCUCUUUCUUUCUGAGGGAAACCAGUACUGGAUUAUUAGGUUCUUCUUCUCCUCCAGCAAAACCUGGUCUUGGAGACUUACCAGAGAGUUGUAUCUCAUCCAUCUUUAUGUACUUGGAUCCGCCGGAGAUUUGUAAAUUGGCACAGAUGAACAGGCCUUUCCGCGCUGCUUCUUUGGCUGAUUUUGUUUGGGAGUCAAAGCUGCCAUCAAACUAUAAGUUUCUUGUCGACAAAGUUCUUGAUCAUGAAAAUUUGCCCAAGAAAGAGAUUUAUGCUAGGUUGUGCCAGCCCAAUCGUUUUGAUGGUAGCACCAAGGAAGUUUGGCUGGACAAGAGUUGUGGGCAAGUUUUCUUGUCCAUUUCGUCCAAGGCAUUGCGAAUAACAGGAAUAGAUGAUCGAAGAUAUUGGAGUCAUAUUCCAACUGAGGAAACAAGAUUCCACACAGUUGCAUAUCUUCAACAGAUUUGGUGGGUUGAAGCUCUAGGUGAACUAGAAUUUGAGUUUUCCCCAGGGAGCUAUAGCCUAUACUUCCGGCUUCAGCUAGGCAAAACCUGUCCAAAAAGAUUUGGCCGACGAGUAUGCAACGUCGAUCAAGUCCAUGGCUGGCACAUCAAGCCCGUCCGCUUCCAGUUAUCAACAUCAGACGGCCAGCACGCUUUAUCAGAAUGUUAUUUGCAUCAACAAGGCAGUUGGGUUCAUUACCACGUGGGUGAUUUUGUUGUCAUCGACAACCACAAGCCUAUGAAGAUCAAAUUUUCAAUGGUCCAGAUUGAUUGUACACACACCAAAGGCGGUCUCAGCUUAGACUCUGUGUUAAUAUACCCAAGCAAGUUUAGGGAAAUGUUAAUAUGUAGGUAGAUGGAUGGUCUAUGUAGAUCGCUAGGGUAGGGUAACAUGUGUAAAUAAUAUAAGCACUUGAAAUGAAGAGAGGACUGAGGAGGAGGAGGAGGCGGCAGCUCUAACCGAAAGCUUGCAAUUUGCUGGGUUUGGAAUCUUAAAAUAGUGAGUGGUGGGUGGGUC